GUCGCAACGCCCAUCUUGACGUCACAACCGCACCCUGCAGACCCCUUGGUUUGGGAGCUAAUCUUCCCUUUCUCUCUCAUUGCCAGACUCUCCUGUCUGCAGUGAGGAAGGCUCAAAUGCCUCCUGGUGACCCAGCUUCUCUGUCUUCUCCAUUUCUCCCCACCUCCCCCUUCCCCAGAAAUAAAACACUGCAGAUGGAAAAGAUCAAAGCUCGCUUGAAGGCAGAAUUUGAGGCUCUGGAAUCCGAGGAGAGGCACCUGAAGGAAUACAAACAGGAGAUGGAUCUCUUGCUGCAGGAAAAGAUGGCCCACGUGGAAGAACUGAGACUCAUCCAUGCCGACAUUAAUGUUAUGGAGAACACAAUCAAACAGUCCGAGAAUGACCUGAACAAGCUCCUGGAGUCGACACGCCGCCUCCAUGAGGAAUACAAGCCUCUCAAGGAACAUGUGGAUGCUCUCAGGAUGACCCUGGGCUUGCAGAGGUUGCCCGAUUUGUGUGAAGAGGAAGAAAAACUUUCUCUUGAUUUGCCUAGUUACUUCGAAAAGCAGAAAGCCGAAUGGCAGACGGAGCCACAGGAACCUCCAAUCCCAGAAUCCUUGGCUGCAGCGGCAGCAGCUGCACAACAGCUGCAGGUGGCCCGGAAACAGGACACAAGGCAGACAGCCACUUUCAGACAACAGCCACCUCCUAUGAAGGCGUGCCUCUCCUGCCACCAACAGAUCCACCGGAACGCCCCCAUCUGUCCUCUCUGCAAAGCCAAAAGCCGGUCUCGUAAUCCGAAGAAGCCCAAGAGGAAGCAAGACGAAUGAAAACACCGCAGAACCGUCUUGCCCAGCCGCCCCACCUCCCCCAUCCCAAAACCAGAAGACCUUUUCCUCCUUUUGUGGUAGACCCAUCCAGAUGACCCACAUUUGUUGGCGUGUGAAACCUGAGUGUGACUUAAACUUUUGUUCUAUUUAACGUGUUAGUGCCGUCGGUUGAGUGACGCUGGUUUUCAGCCAAUCUGGGAAGAGGCUGCUUUUGGCGGAGACGUGAAGACGGUGCUACCUUUGGGCACUGCACACCCGCAGAGGCUACGCCACGCUGACGGCAAAGGGCAUUUUGUGCAGAGAACACAACGGGUGGCUUGUCUCCUCUUUAAUAGCUCGUGCUUCCUUAGCAGAUGGACCUCAAGCUCCCUUUUUAUUCAACUGAUCAAAGGCUCAUUGUUCUCAUGACCUGUUUAUUUUUUUAAAUCAGGACAGUAUUUUUGUACCAAGAUUCUACUUUUCCAUUCAGUCCCCAGUACUCCAGAGUCUUUUCAUACAGAUGUCAGGAUGUGUAAUGUUUAUUUGCUUUUGUGCUUAGGCAUAACUAGAGGGGCGCGAUAGCUCAACGGUUAAAGAAGCUGAGCUUUUCAGCUGCAAAAGUGAUAGCCCGGGUUGGAGACCCCAGCUCCUCACGAUGGGGUGAGCUCCCGUUCCUUGCUCCAGCUCCUGCCCAUCUAGAAGUUUGAAAGCAUGAAAAUGCAAGUAGAUAAAUAGGUACCACUUCCCUGGGAAGGUAACAGCAUUCUGUGCACCUCAGCAUAUAAUCAUGCCGGCCCCAUGACCACAAACGUGUCCUCGGACAACAUUGGCUUCCUCGGGUAAGAAACGGAGACAAGCACCGCCCCUUAGAGUCGGACAGGGGGAAACAGAAGAACAGAAUUACUGCAGAACUAUGGACCACCAACUAAGUGUUGGCUUGCCUCCUCUUUAAGUUCCAUGCUUUAACGUUUACAUCAGUGACUUGCCUGAAGCUGUUUCUCGGAAAUUUAUUUACGUCGAUGAUGUCAAUCACACAGCCCAAAGAACCAACUUCAGGGAUGCAGAUCCUUUC